AUGCACAGAACUGACCGACAACAGCUGAUUGACCAAAACAGAAGUGGAACUAAAGACGAAACUGUAGAUGACAUCAGAGAGCCAGAUGAUAACAGGAUAACUUGGACUUCAAUAGAAGUGUGGGGCAAAGAAUUAGUUUUAAUUAGUCCAAAAGGUGUAAACUGA